AUGGCCGCGACUACAAGAAACACGAACGAUCAAAUUGACCGAGUCCUCGAUCAUUUGUACAUCGGAUCCGUCUUCUCCCUAUCACUUGAAAACAUAAAAAGAGCAAACAUCAAACUCAUCAUAGACUGCACUGUUGAAGGAAAUGGCAAAGUAUUUCCUGGCGUGGAGCAAAUUCAAAUUCCAAUUGACGACAGUUUCAAUGUUAACAUUGCUACUUUUUUCGACUUGUGUGCGGACGCUAUUGAUGCUUGCCAGAAACGAGGUGGUAGUACUUUGAUCCACUGCACAGCUGGCAUCAGUCGGUCGGCCACAUUUUGCAUUGCCUAUCUCAUGAAGUACAAACGAAUGCGGCUGCGUCAAGCUUACAAUAGGUUGAAGUCCGUUCGAUACGUCAUAAGGCCGAAUGAAAAUUUCUUCGAGCAGUUGAUACUCUAUGAACUGACUCUUUUCGGCAGCAAUACAGUUUCAAUGAUACAAUCUAUGUUUGGUAGAAUACCUGAUGUGUACGGUAGAAACAUUUAUAAUUUUGUUCCAGUAUUCGGUCAAUAA